CCCCGAGUAAAACACUAGCAACAAAAAAACUUUCAAAGUACAACUGUGUAGUUUAAAAAUCCAAUCCUAGGUAGCUCCGCCUCCUCCAUUUCAUGCCUUCAACUCACUUCACUUAACUCUCUCCGAUUUCCAGCCAAACAAAUCAUCACCCACUCUCCUGAAUCCCACCUUGUUUUUCUCGUCCGCAUCCCUCUUCAAAUAAGUGAAUUACAGCAUCUUCCCCUAUUCCACCCCAUCAUAACUUCACUCAAAGCACAGAGAGGAGCAUUUAUCAAUGGCAUCAACAGCUCUAUUGCAGUCUCUCUUCUCGACUCUCAAUUCUCCCUCCCACAAAGGGCUUGAAAGUGCCUCCUUGCCCUGCUUGCCCAAAUCAAUAUCUCUUAACCAACAAUCCAUUGGUUUUGCCAGAUCCCAACUCCAAUUCAAGAAAAACCAGAAGACUCACAUCACUAACUGUGCCCCUAGUGAGAGUCAUAAUGCCAAAACUGAGACCCCUAUUGAACUAAGGUUUCCAGCAUUUCCAACAGUUAUGGAUAUCAACCAAAUUCGUGAGAUUUUGCCCCAUCGUUUUCCAUUCCUACUAGUGGAUAGAGUGAUUGAGUACAAUCCUGGAGUUUCAGCUGUGGCUAUCAAGAAUGUGACCAUAAAUGACAAUUUCUUUCCUGGGCAUUUUCCAGAGAGGCCGAUUAUGCCUGGAGUUCUCAUGGUUGAGGCAAUGGCCCAGGUGGGUGGCUUGGUUAUGCUGCAACCUGAAGUGGGAGGCUCUCGUGAGAAUUUCUUCUUCGCUGGAAUUGACAAAGUCAGGUUUAGGAAGCCAGUAAUUGCAGGAGACACUUUGGUCAUGAGAAUGACACUCAUCAAGCUGCAGAAACGCUUUGGAAUAGCAAAGAUGGAAGGAAAAGCCUAUGUUGGAUGUGACUUGGUCUGUGAGGGUGAAUUUUUGAUGGCCACAGGCAGUGAAUGAGUAUCUGUAGCCUGGUUGGUUGCAAACGUUCGGAAACUUGUAUUUUCUCCUUGCUUCCUGCUUUCCGCAAUUUUAUGUUUUCCAAGAGUCUGGUAGGUAGCUGCUUUUUGACAAUUACAGCGACUCAUUUGUAUCGCAUUUUAUAUCGCAUUUUAGAUGGUAUCUGCAGCAUCUAGUAGAAGAACUCCGCUAAAAUCUGUUGAGUAUAUUGAAGACAAAUCCAACAGUUUCUACAUUAGGUAGAUGGAGUUGUGACUGCCUGUAUAACAUAAGAAUUCAAAUGUUUUUGAGAUUCAAAAAGCAGAGUUGGAAUCUUCUUUGUUCAGCAGCUCUCAUUUGUAUGUUAGCCCAAUCUUUAGACAUUUACGCCAAUGCUAAAGAUGACUUGGUAGGUGGCAUAUCUUUUGCACUUAUAGUUGGUUAACUAAUCACGGGAAUACAGGUACUUCCUAUAUUUGCUUGUAGCAUAUUUAAGACUAAUUUAUCUUUGCUUGAUUUACAGACAUGCAAAACAGUUUUCAUUGACUGUCUAGUAGAAUAUUGCGGAUCCAUACGGCAGGUUGCACUUUGCUUAAAUGUUGGGGAACGGAACAUUGCCAAAAAAAAAAAAAA